AUGCUCUUGUCCGCUCAACGAGGAGCCUCGGCCGAAACCUCCCCUUACACAUUCGAAGAUGUCUUAGUCUACAAAGGCCUAUGCCCAAACAAGGCAUUGCCAAAAUCUCGAUAUGCAUCGGUCAGAACCCUCGUAGACGGACAAGCCGGCGAGGAGGCAUCAAUCUUAGAUUCAAACGCCUUGGUGCUGUACUUCCCCGGGCCCAAAACAGUGACUGGAGAAGACGUCCUGGAGCUACACGUGCAUGGCGGCUCCGCAACAGUCAAGGCAGUGCUUGCCGCAAUCCCACGAUGCGCCUCCGCCUCCGGCAGCAGCGGCAGCAGCGUCAUCCGCUACGCUGAACCAGGCGAAUUCACCAGACGAGCCUUCCUCAACGACAGACUCGACCUCGCACAGGUCGAAUCCCUGGGCGACGCCCUAUCCGCCGACACGGAGCAACAGCGCCGCGCCGCAGUGCGCGGCAGCUCGGGCAGUCUAGGCCGGACCUAUGAGGCUUGGCGCGAGCAGCUCCUCCUAGCCAGGGGCGAGAUCGAGGCCCUCAUCGACUUCUCCGAGGACCAGCACUUUGACGAGUCUCCCGCAGAGCUGAUGAGCAACGUCAGCGGGCUCGUCGCUGACAUGCGGCACCGGAUCCGCGCCCACGAGCGCGCCGGCCAGCGGAGCGAGCUCCUCCGAAACGGCAUCCGCAUCGCGCUGCUCGGUCCGCCCAACGUCGGUAAGAGCUCGCUGAUGAAUCUCGUCGUCGGGAGGGAGGCGUCCAUCGUGUCGAUGGAGGCUGGUACGACACGGGAUGUUGUCGAGGUCAGCCUCGAUAUCAGGGGGUACCUCUGCUCCUUUGCGGAUACGGCUGGCAUCAGGACGAGACUUGCUGCCGGCAACGGUGGUGGUGGUGGUGGUGGCGCUGCUGCUGCUGAUGAUCCCUCUGAACCUGUGUUGGGGCUGGUUGAAGAGGAGGGUAUCCGGCGCGCGAAGCAAAAGGCCUCAGAAUCCGACGUCAUCAUCGUCCUGGCGGCCGUCGAGCCUGGCCCCGGCCCCCACGGCGGCUUCCGGAUCAACUACGACGCGGAAACAUUACAACUGGCGUCCGAGGCGCAGGCCUGUUUGAUCGUGGUCAACAAGCGCGACGCCGUCGACGCCGCCACCUUCUCCAGCCUCCUCGAGCGCUUCAGAAACGAAACAGCUUCCCAGAUACCAAAUCUCCGUACAGCGGAGAUUAUCGCAAUCUCCUGCCGCGAAGCCGAGGCGCAAGCCAAGUCCCCCUCCCCCGCCAGCGCCAGCGUCGGUCAAAAAGAUCCGGGCGCCAUCCACGGGCUCAUCGACCGCCUGGUCGAUUCCUUCGCCGGCAUGACGGCCCUCCCCGUGGACCAGCAAGACCUGCUAGGCGUCACGGCCAGGCAGGCGCAGCUACUCGAGCAGUGUCGCGGGUUCCUGGACGAGUUCAUGGCCGUAGCGCAUCCCAACGAAGAAGGAGGAACAGGAGACGGCAAGGAGCCUGAUAUCGUCCUGGCGGCGGAGCACCUGCGCUAUGCAGCAGACAGUCUUGCCAAGAUUACGGGGCGCGUUGAGGCGGGAGAUGUGGAAGAGGUUCUCGGGGUGAUUUUUGAAAAGUGA